AUGCCAGCCAUUCAUGACUUUCAUAACCAGCACAAACAACAACUCACUAAACGAAAUGACCAACCAUCUCUGCAUUCUUCUUGGAAACGUCUACGAAGACCCCUUAGUGUCAUUACUACAUCCCAGCUACCUACAGACGAAUCUCUUCACAAUAACAACUCUCAUCAACAAAAACAACAAUUAAUUUCAGAAACUUCAUCUACAACUACCCCCAUCACUACCAGACCAAGAAGUGCAUCUGCCCAUCGUUCUUCAUCUACUAGUAUCCACACUAAUAAUAGCACCACAAACCUCUCUAGCAUUAAAUCUCUAAUCAGUGAUCCCAUUCCUGCUACUUCUUCUUCUUUAACCUCGAAACAUAAUGACAAUGAAAAUGUGAACCAUUUAAAAACAUUCCAAAUUUCUCCUGUUGUUCAAACUACUCCCCAAUUCUCCAAUGCAUCUUUGGACUCUGUUCCUUCAAACAAAUCCACUCCUUCUUUAUAUGUUUCCCAGCAUGAUAUUAGCCCACUGAAUACUCACCAACAACAACAACAACCACUUCCUCAUGGCCAUCCAUAUAGCUGCUAUCUCUAUGAAGAAACAACCCCAUUCCCUUCUGCGCAGACCCCUACAGCUUCAUCUCCUGAUAUUAGCCGUAGAAGAAGCUCUAAUGUUAUGAGUAGUCUCUACUCCAAUCCUGGCAUCAGUGCUUCUUCUUCAGUACUACCUCAAACUUCUCAUCAAAUUCAAAAAACUCAACAGUUUCAAAAAACUCAACAAUCGCAACAACCUCAACAACCUCAACAACCUCAACAGAAACGAAAAUUCUUUUCGCGACAUUCAAAACAACGUUCUCUUACAAUAAACAGCUUAAAAGAACAACCCCCACAAGAAUUUGGUUUUUUACAAGUCCCCAAAAAUAAUACCACUUCUGGUUCUCGUACUGCUACAACUCCUCGAAAAUCUUCAGUGGCUUCAACUUCUUCAACAAACUCUACUUCAAAUCCAUUUGAGCGUAUUCUUUCAAAACGCUCUUCUAUUAACUUUUCUGAUCCUAAAAACUUUUUAAGAUCACGUUCUUCUCUUACAAAUCUCUCCUCUUCAUCUUCCCAACAAGAUUCUGCGCUUCUACAGUUUGAAACUCACCAACUUCUUUAUCCAGAGCUUAAGCCACAACAUUCUCAUCUUUCUCAAAUUUCUCAAAUUCAACAUUACGACAAUUCAACUUCCAAUUCAUUCCCUAAUAGCCCAACUUCUCCUAUUUCUUACUCCCAUUUGCAUAGUAAUGAUAUCUACAACCAUCAUUAUCCUUCUAAACACAAUUUGUCACCUCAAACAUCUCGCAAUCAAACAAGACAUAGCAGUGUUGGGACAAAUUAUCAACGCCGGUUUUCCACAGCAUCUUGCAACACCACUACAACUACCACCACCAAUAAUAAUCUUUCUCCAUAUCCUAGUAACAAUACCAGUCAAAUCUACAAUAACAAUCACAGUAAUGUGUCGUCAUCUUCUCUAGGACACUAUUCUACUGGUCAUUCGUCUAACGGGGGGUCUACCGUUAAUGAUGUUGAGGUUGCUCACCACAAACCAGACUCUGGAAUGCAACGGUCGGUAACACCAACAGUUCCUACAAUUUCAGCAGCAACGGUGCCAGUUGCUGUUUCUAGAUCUGAGCCCGGCCACUCUUUUUUUUCCUCGUUUUCUCGGCCUUUUAAACACCCUCCUGUAACAACAACUACUACAACUACUUCUUCAUCAUUGACCAUAACAAAUAAUAGCAAUAGUUUGGCUAGUCCUGAAAUCUCUUCUACUUCUGCCUUUUCUUCAACUACAGUGACUACCUCUACUACUACUACUAAUACUGUCUCUCCACGAUUAAGACAAUCGGCUACAUUUUCUAACUUUCAGUCAGUAGUCAAUUCAAACUCUUUCAAGUACCCGAUUUCGCUCAGGCUUUCCAAUACUCCUGAAGUUGACCUGGAGGAGGAAGAAGACGAAGAGGAUGACGAUACGCGCCGUACGUUUUUCCACCAACAUAUUCCUCCUCCCCAUAGGGGAGAAUUUUCUGCGGCAGUAACCAACACAGAAAUUACGGAAUCAUCAUUCAUCCGAGGUACUCGUCUGCAAAAAUCUGCAAUGCUUUCGUUGGAGAGCUUGGGCGGUAGCUUUUCAGCUUUUAAUUUGAGUGGCACCAGUCUUAAGCUUCAGAGUGAAGUGAAUGAAGGUCAAAGUGACAAGAUUGUUGCAGAAUCUAUUAUUAUUGAAGAGGGAAAUCCCACUCCCACGGCUGACAAUAAUAAUAUUUCGAGUAAUGGUGUAGUUGUUGCCGAGUCUUCAUUACCGUCAGCUAUUACUAGUGAUGAUGCACUUUCCACAAGUGUUACUGUUGACAAAGGUGGCUGUGAAAAGCGUCAACAAUUGCUUGCUCCCAUUGAAAUGAAGCAAACAGACAUUAAUGUGGAACGUGCCAUGAAUAUCAUUAGAUCCUCAUUUUUGAGUACCAUUGAUGAUGAUGAUGAUGAUGAUGAUGACGACGACGACGACGAUGAUGACGAGGAGGAUGAAAAGAUCUAUACUGGCAAUACUUUGGUUUCUAGUCAAGAUAAAGAUAGUGUUCUUGUUACUGUUGUUCAUGACGUUGACCAUGAUCAAAAUAAUAACAAUGAUGCGACUCUUAACAAUGACCAAGUGGCUAAACCUAUUGCGGUGCAACGGGGAUUCCAUAGACCCCAAAAGAUUGCUACAGAGCUGCCAUUAGCUGUGGCUUCGCCAUCACUUCCCUCUGCUUCAUCGUCGACCGGUUCUGCAGGAUACAAUUCGAUGAUGACAAAUGAAGGUGAUGAAGACGAUGAGAAUGGUGGGUAUAGCAGCAGUGAUGUUAGUUACAGCUCUUAUCAAGAGACUCAGGAGCCUCCUAAGGUAAUGUUUUUAAAGACCAAGGAGGAAGUUCAAGAGAUUGGAGAGGAGCAACAGAAGAGUAACUCUAGUGUUUCAACAACUCUACCUCAUUCGCAGCAUCGCGUGUAUAGCGCAGGUAGCACCCAUAGUUAUGUACCUCCUGCAAAAGUAUCGCAUGGAGUUGUAUGGGUUGGUGGAAGUUCUCGACAUUGUAGUGGAGGAAACGCGCUGGCCGCGUCUUUGGUUGGAUCUGAAGAGUAUAUUCGUGAAAUAACUACAGUGCCUACUACUAACAACAACAACACCACUACCAUGAAUACAAUAACAAGUGAACCUGUUCCAUCCCCAAUGACAUCGUCAUCUUCAUCACCAGAUCCUGUUGUUGCGACUCUUGUUUCGGUACCAUUGCCAUCACCGUCACCUUCAUACACACCAUCUACCAUGUCUUCUUUUGAACAACAACAGCAACAGCAGCAGCAGCAGCAGAAAGAACAGGGUUCUAAUGACCAACAGCAAAGUACCAGAGACUCGAUAUCAUUUAGUCAAUUCUUUGGGGACUCUUUUGAAGAUGACGGAUUUGAAAGCGAUGGAAUGGAUUGCUUAUAUGGUGGCGACUCUUCAUUUUUUGAUGAUGAGGACGAUGAGGACCAAGACUUGGAUGCAGCCACGGGACUAACUCAAGUGCUUAAUAGCGGUCGUGUGCACAGUGCCAGGAGUGGAUAUACUGGGUUUAGUGUGUAUUAUAGUUCUGCGGCAAUAACUGCCACUUCAGCGACAGUUGUGUAUGAAACCCCGUGUAACGAGCAGCAGCAUGAUUCUGAUAAACGGACUGGAAUAAAUGGUGGUAGUAAUCAUAGUGCGAUUCAUGUUGUUUCAUCUGGUGUUAUUGCUACAGCGGCUUCUUCACCUACAACAGCUUCUCCUUCAUCAUCGGUAUCUAUUAGUAAGAACCCGUUUAGAAAACUUGGAAGAUCUGCAGGUGGAGGUGGUAAUGGUGAGACAUUUUUCCUUGGUCAUACUCGUCGGGUCAGUGCCAACAUGAGUGUUUCUAUAAUUUAA